CUUUGUGAUUUCACUCGAUUCCACAAUGCGUUUGAGCUCCUUGACCACUAACGGCCCAACCCACAUUUCUUUCCGGAUCAAGCUGUCAUUCCUAUAAUUCGAGUUGUUGGCAUAUCGAAGACGACCAUGGGAGUACUCAAACUCCAAAAAUUCAUGGACCGUGUUUUCCUGAAUGACCGGUGCUGCAUGAAUACUUAGCGAUAUUACAAACGGGAUUCAAGAUGAUUUACUAGUAUCUGAAAACGUCUGUCAGCCCAGUUAUUUCAUGAAUUAGCAGGACACCCGCCUGAGAUAGAAUGGGUCACUGUCAUGGGAAGACAUAGCGGUCUAUUGUCGAAACUGUCCAAGCUCAAAUUGGAAUAUUAGUGAGAAGGUUUGGCGAGAAAUGCGAUCCGGCAUUCGCCGGGUUCGAUAUUUUGCAUACAGAGUACUAGUCGCGAUUCGCGAACUUGAAGACAUGUUCCCUCAACGAUCCUGUCUAGCUUUGCCAACCAUAGCCAGAUUGGUACGGUUCAAUGGCAGCAGCAGCAACACUAGUGGUCCACUGCUGCCUACUCGGAAACUGGAACCGGAGGCUCCUGCACCAUUAACAGAAGAAGAGUUUUCUUCCAUGACUAUUCAUGGACGCAGCCUCUAUCCCCCGUCAUACCACCCCCGCACUCAUUCAGUUCCGGUCGCUCAGCUGCAGUUCCGCGCAUAUAACCAUCAAUUCCUUGAACUGUACAUGCAUUUUGUAGGACAUGCAGCUGCAGCAUUAGGUAUCCCAAUUUCACGCCCGGUGUACUUGCCAACACAACGCUCGCUAUGGACUGUACCUCGCGGUCCGUUCGUGCACAAGAAGAGUCAAGAGAACUUUGAACGGAAGGUGCACAAACGUGCAAUUAAAGCAUGGGAUGCGGACCCCGAGGUCGUCGACCGUUGGGUGCGGUACAUCGCUCGACAUGCAAUGCCUGGGGUUGGGUUGAGAGUGACUCAAUGGAAGAGGGCACCUCCUGGUAUCGGACAACAUAUGGUAGAUGCAGCUGUGGGCACAACCAGACCGGGUUCCGGUGCCGAUAAUGUCAAGGCGUUGGCGAAGAAAAUCAUGCGGCAAGAACUUUGAUCUUUUAUACUCUAUCUUUUGUCUAUCUCCCACUAUAAUCACCUGAUGGUCUGUGGUAGCCAUGCAUGAUAUUACUGUAACUAGAGUACCUUGAACCCAUGCAUGUUUUAUUGCUAUCCUACACACUCAUAGCUUGUCAGCGUUGAUGUAAUUUCAACCUUUGAGGGUGAUGAUGAUCAUGCUUGAUUGAAUUCAUACCAGAGGCUGUACAAACAUUAUGAA